UCCCGUACGCCUACCGCUCUCACUUCAGCAAUCCAGCUUCCUCCUCUCCCAGCCAAUUGGCACCUCUUCUAAAAAAAAAACACUACCUGGCACCUCCCCCCGCCCCCACUCCAUUCCCCGCCCCGCCUGGACGAAUCCCGGCGCCGCCGCCUGCGGCGCGCCCCUGCUCCGCGCCGCUCCAUCCAUCUUCUACCCCCCGGCGCGCCCCCACUCCCCACCUCCGGUCCCUGAUCCACGCCGCACCUCCGCGCCUUGUUCUCCUCCUGCUCACCGAGCCCAGGAACUUCACUUUAUUCCCCACCAACUCCUUGCACAAUUACUUGUUUUUCUUAUCAUGAUUUUUUGCUCUGUGUCAUCUUUGCUUCGGUUGCUUACGUUUAAUUGCAGAAUUUCGACAUGGAGAUCUGUUUCACUGCAAACACUGUAUCCAACUGAAUGUUGUGAAACAUAUUCAGCAUUGUUAUGUAGUUUUACUCAAGUGUCAAUUAUUUUCUGUGCAUAGUUUAUUUGCGGCAAGUAGUGUUGUUGCAGAACUCCGAAGGUGGCAUAGGGGUAGUGGAGUGAGUGGUUAUGGGUGUGGAAGGUUUAUUGGGUCCUGUCGAUCAACUUUAGGAGUGUUUAGCUAGCAAACAAUUCAUCUUCCAAAUUUAUUGCUGUCAUUAAAUUAUAUAGCAAGGGGCAAAUCUACUAAAAAAUCUGUUGCUGAAAGAAUUUGGGGAUGCCCAAGGGACAAAUCUCCAGAAGCGGGGUAUCGAAGCUCAUGCAACCUGACCACUGAAGAAACAUUGUCAAUUCGUUCGUUCACUUUUCAGGCCGAGGGCGUCGUUGGGAGGAGCUCCAUGGAGUAUGACUGGUGGCAGCAUCUCAGAAGAAGGGUGCGGACCAGACAACACUCUGGGCCGGAGGCGGCGGCUUUUCUCCGGUCCGGGACAAAGCUAUUGUAGGAGGAACUUGCCUAUCAAAGGUUUGAAGGAUGAUCUUGUCAUGAUGUGAAAUGGCUCUUUGAGCACCUUCGGGGUGAUAUACUUGGUGGAGAAAAGUGAUACCUCAAAGAGGACGAAACCCCUGGUUCUGCUGAUGGAACAAAAUGUUGAUAGGUCCUUCAGGUUGCAAUUCAGGAGGGAGAUCCUGUUAUUUCUAUUACCAGUAAGGAAUGUGCAGAUGCUACUGGACACGUUAGUCAGGAUUCUGUACUUGAUUCUAAAGAAGUUAGCCAGACAAUUCUUACUGCUGCUACAGAAGUUAGGGAUGUUCCUCGAGUUAAUGUGGCAACAGCUGAUAAAAUUUCUCCAAGUGACAGUAAUGUAGUGAAGGGCCACCUGAAUCCUGGCAACGCUGGCAAUAUAUCAACUACCGUAAAGGGUGACCCUGCCAGAGGUUAAGAGGGAUAUGGUCAAACUACCAUGCAACAUUCCCUCCAUAGGUGAUGGUUUGCAGGCAUUACAUGAUGAUAAAGAGUUGCCUAAGAACGGGACCCCAUUGCAAGAAAUAGAUUCCAAAACCAAUAUGAACUUGGACAAGAAAGAGGACAGUCCUGACAGCGCUUCUCCUGAUGUGAAAAACUAAAUUUAGACAGGAGCUCGGGUAACGAAUCGAGAGAGGAUGUGAUGGAAAGUAAGCAAGUUGAUCCCAAUGUCAGAUCUGAUGAUCUUGGAGGAAAGACUGCAGUUACCUCAGACCAUGAGGAGGUAAAAGAGGUGUCCUCGUUGAUACUGUUGCCAAGGAUUCCUCUGUGCAAACAAAGGACAUUGUUUCUUAAGAGAAGCCAGUAACUCUUAUAUUAAAAAAGGAAACCUGAAGACCAAGAAGUUGUUGCAGAUGGAAUGCCAGCGUGGUGUGGAUACUCUCAAAAUUCCUAAGCAACAAACAUCCAAACUAAGUAGCUCUGAUCCUCUAAAACAUUCUGUUUGGCAGGUCUGAUUCAACAGCAAGCGGAGAUUCUCACAAAGUGCGGAUAGGAUGUUCUGGAUAUUUCAAUAUGGGCUAUGUAAGGAGUGGAAUGAGUGAACAAACACACCAAAAUGCGUCUGGCCACUUCCUCAGAAGCCUGCAGCGGAAGUGGCGGAACCGGAGGCCUUUGUGUUCGGCCAUAGCCCAUAGGGAAGACGUCUGAUACCAAGAGAAUACAUCUGUCCUUAAUUCACAGUAUUUCGCAGCAACACAAUGAUCACAGUUAACAGUUCGUACAGUAAAUCUGUAGUUCCGGGACGCACCGCCUACAGAGUCGAACUAUAAAGGGCAGCGAGACCGAUUCGGCAGUUUGCCUAGCCGUAGGUUCCCGCCUUCCCAACUGCCCUUUUCCAACCGCCAGUACCAAUCUUGCCUACCUAGCUUCGUAUGGAGCCUGCCGGGCUCGCCGCCGGCGAUCUUGGCGAGCCGACCGGGCGUGACGGCGACGGGGGGACCCAGGGCGAAGCGAUUGUCGAGGGUGGUGCUGUCAGGCGCGGCACGGGCGUGCGCGCCAGCGGCGCCGGCGAGAUGACCAACCGGAACGCGCCUGGUCAUGACGCCAAGACCUCCGAUACGGAGGAGAUGUCGUGCGUCAUCAACGCCGGCAAGACGAGCAAGGCGGAGGUGCCCCGCCAUGACGCCAAGGCCGGCGAUACGGAGGACAUGUCGGGCGCCAUCAACGCCCGCAAGACGAGCAAGGCGGAGGCGCCCCGCCAUGACGCCAAGGCCGGCGAUACGGAGGAGACAUCGGGCGCCAUCAACGCCCGCAAGACGAGCAAGGCAGAGGUGCCCCGCCAUGACGCCAAGGCCGGCGAUACGGAGGAGGUGUCGGGCGCCAUCAACGCCCGCAAGACGAGCAAGGCGGAGGCGCCCCGCCAUGACGCGGAGAAGGAGCUGCCGCGCGCCAGCGAAGCAGGCAAGACGAGCAAUGCUGUCGUGCCCGGCCACGACAUCAAGGCCCUCGAUACGGAGAAGGUGCUGCCGCGCGGCAGCGACGCAGGCGGGACGAGCAAAGCGAUCGCGCUCGGCCAGGACUUCAAGGUUGCCACUGCGGAGGAGAUGCCGCGCGCGGCUACGGAUGUUUGCUCUGUUUGGAGGGAGAAUUGGGAGGAGAGCUUGCAGAGUAUGAGCGGCUUCUUGGAUCUCCCAGGUACCAUGACCAUUGCUAUAGACACAGAGUAUGCAACCAAGUGCCUGCUUAGAUUGGAACAGCCACAGAACGGUGACGAGUGGUACAGCCAGCUGCAGGCUACUGCAGGGACUGCGGAUUUGGUACAGGUCGGGGUCGCGGUGACGUUCGCCGACGCCGACGCGGAGAACAUAGAACCGAUCAGGGUAUGGGAAUUCAAUCUCUUCUUUGACUCCAAAUCAAACCAGUAUAAUCCGAGCACUCUGCUGUUUUUGGAGAAGAAGUGCCGGCAUGACCUUGAAAAGCACAGGCAGUAUGGUAUUAUGCCAACUGACUUCUUCCAGUGGGUCUAUGAGCUCCACAGCAUAUUUGCAAGACGAUCUGUGACUGUUGUCACGUACCAGGGAGAUGCGGACGUCGCACUUCUAAUCUACCAAGGUGCUCCAAUGCCUGCAAGGCGGUUCGACUUUCUUCUGGAUAUCAGCAACACUUUUCCUGCAUUGGUCGACACGAGAGUUCUUGCCAUGGUUUGGGCACCAGAUUUCUGCGGGAAGUUAGAUGACCUUGCUGACAUGUUGGGCCUCUCUAGAAGUGGACCAAGACAUCAUGCAGGGUCAGAUGCGGUGCUGACCCUCAGGUGCUACUUUGCAAUGCGAAGGUUGCUGGGAGAUCAGAAGGUGCUCAGGGGAGUACUUUGCGGCUUGUUUCAAAGCGAACCAUCAGUGUGCACUGCGAGAAUAGCCUGGGAUCCUUCAAUCAGCAUUUUGCAUGUCUGGGGUAAAAACUUUGAUGAGGUUGCCGGCCAAUUUGGAAGGUUGAUUGAGAACAAUUUCACUGUCGUUACUGUCAAAGUCCUCUUUGACCCGCCUCUUCGAAAGGGUCCGUUCAAUCGUGAUCCUCAGUUCUGCUAUUCAAACAUGCAACUAAGGCUCAAUGAAAAGAUAAGAUGCACUAUUGCUAUGGUCUUCGCCACUGGCCAAGGGCAAGUGGCGAAUUCGGCAUCCUUUGUGUUUCAUAUCUGCUUUUCCGGCGGGGAGUAUAUUGAGCCAGUACAGUUCGCUAGGAUGUUGGAUGAGCAAGGAGCUAUGCAACCCAUACCUGACUUGGGUUACCUUCCUAGGGGCGGAAUCCGUCGCUUUCAUAUAUGACAUGGUUCGUCAUAGUUUCCAAUUCUGGAUUCCCACCAUGUUCAGUCACUACAAGGUGAGCAGAACGGGCAUGUUUCCGGUUAUGUAUGAUGUCGGCAUUGUAGCUUCCAGAGGCAGCUCACUGAGUCUGCGCCAAAUUGCAACAAGUUUGAUGAUUGAGCAACCAGAGGAAGCUGGCAUCGGUUGGGAAGCAAUUUUAACCUUGAAAAGCUUCCUUCGUCUGGUCAUGGACGGGCGUAUGUCCUCGACGUUUGCCGGGAAUUUGCUUGCAGGCUGUUGUAACCGCUCCAUGUGCUUGAGGUAGCGCAACCGCUUUGCCCUGAUGAUCUUAACUGCUACAGAUUUAAGAAGCUCGAGCCAUGUAGGUGUACAGUUGAUCAAAUGUCCUGCUUGUUGCGACACAAAUGUACAAGUAUUGCUCUCAUACUGUUGAAUCAAACAAGUAUACGCUUCAUUUUUUGAAUACUUCUUAGUUGCUUGUCACAUUUUUUUUCAGUACACAUCACGUAGCAUAUAGGUUUAACAUACGGUUUUGCUAAUUUUCAUCCGACUGAAAACAAUUCGUUUCAGUCGGAUUUUGUGUCCGUCUGAUCAUUGUGCAGCGAUUUGUGCGUGCUCCUUUGGUUAUUUGUUUAUAGCGCGCGCUGUUUUGUUUGUAGUCUGCCCGUUAACCCAUGUCGGUGCCCGUUCCCCCCUUUCAUCAGUGAUUGUUCAAGCAGAAGUAGGGGAGAGAGAGACAGUAGUGAUUUCCAUUCAGAGUUCUCCUUCUCUCGUUGCUUGAGCAUUCGGUUGCUGCUAUGGGCCCACUGGUGGUUAGAGGAGCUCUUCCAAGUGGUUUGCAUCUGUUGUUCUCCCCCCUCCAUUUGUUAGUCUUUUUUCUAGAUCUCGACGGAUGUGAUUUGUGGAUUUUGUGAGCUCUCACCUGUCCUAUCCUAGGUUGUUCAUGUUUAAGCCUUGUUUUGUGAAUCUGCUGGAAGGAUCCCUUGCUUGAAGAUAUCUGUGCUCUGCUCGCUGGUGGUUGGAAUUUUCUCUUCCAGCGAUCUGAUGUUGUUGUUCUUCUUCAUCCAUUACUUUAUUUUCUAGAUCUGUGAGCUAUCAGCUAUGGCCCUCCAAUUCUGUGAGCACGCUAGUGGAUGUGCUUUGUUGAAUCUGUGAGCUAUGGUCCUCCAAUUCUACGUUGUUGUUGCGUUUUUCUGUACCCAUCCUUGUGUUUUGCAUCAGACUUUGUGCUUGAGCAUGUGUAAUGUUGGGGCAAUUAUAGUGAAUUGUCUGCAAUAUAUCGUCGUUGUUAAGGUUAUUAUUUCUUAUAUCUUGCUUCAUGUCUUGAAAUUUUUAGUGGUUACUGCUCUGCAAUUUGUUUCAGUUAUUCUGCUGUAAAUUUGGUGAGCUGUCUCUGUAAGUUAUGUUUAGGUCAAUGUCCACACCAUUUUAAAGUUAUUUUGUUGUACCUGAUGAAGGAAUUUCAGUCUGAGAGUAUCUCUUUAAUCCUUGAUAAAUUAGGUGGUUACUUAGUGUUACUUUGUUUUGUGAGUAGUGGUUAUUGCUUGCAUUACCUGUGCAUGUUCUAAUUGGUUGUUUAAUAACUACUUUUCUUACAUUAAGCAUAAUUACACUAUCACAUUAUUAUAUUUUUCCAGCAAGGCUACUGUAAUUUUCAAGAUUCCACCAAGGUUUAACUGUUCUUUGUUACAAUUCCCAAUGCUCCUUGAAGGUUUAACUUUCUUUUUGUUACAGUGCAUUUUCUGUAUCAUUUACAGUGUAAAAUAUAUGUAAUUCCUAAGCAAGGCCACAGUAAUUUUUGAACCAUAGUUCUUCCAGACUGUUUUCCCCCUGAAUUUUGUUUGCUGCUCCCAGUUGAUCUAAACAACUAUUUGUAUUUUGCAGUCAUUUUGUGUAUUAUUUACAGUGUCAAAAAAAUGUAAUUCUCCCGCAAAGCUGUAGUAACUUUGAACCAUAGCCUUUAGUUCAGUUGUUUUUUCCCUAGUGUUUUACAUGAGUCUGUUGCUGCUUCCAGUUGGAACUAAACUACUGUUUUAUUACAGUGCAUCUUCUGUAUUAUUUUUAGUGUAACAAGAAAUGCAAUUCUCAUGCAAAGUUAUAGUAACUUUGAAAUAGUCUCCAAGUUGUUUGCAGAUUGCAGUUCGAUACUACACCAUUGUUGUUUGUUUACAGUGCCUCUUCUGUAUUAUUUACAGCUCAACAAGAAAUGUAAUUCUGUUGCCAAGUUAUAGUAAUUUUGAAACAUAGCCUCUAAGCUGUUUGCUGCUCCAAGUUAUAGUGUUUUUCUGUAUUAUUCAGUGUAAGAAAUGUAAUUCUCCUGCAAAGUUAUGUAAUUUUGGACCAUAGUCUCCAAGUUUUUUACAGUGUUUUUCUGUAUUA